GUUUUGAUUAUUACAAAUAAGUUACUUUGAAUGGUGACUAUAAAAAUGGAAAAAAAGUAGGUAGAUGGGAUAUUUGGUUUAAAAAUGAAGAAAUUAACUAAAAGAUGUACAAAUACCUUAUAUAGUUUUUGUUAAAAUCUAAUUUUCAAAUUUAGUGGUGGUGGAUUAUAUGAUGAUAUUGAUGAAUAUAAAACAGGGUAAUGGAUCGAAAUUUCAUAUAAUUUUUUUUAUGACUAAUAAGUUACUUUGAAUGGUGAAUAUCAAAAUGGCAAAAAAGUAGGUAGAUGGGAUAUUUGGAUUAAACAUGACGAAAUUAACAAAAAGAUGUAUAAAUAUCUUUAAUAAUUUUAACAAUAAUCUAUAUUUAGUGGUGGCGGAUUUUAUGAUGAUUCAGGCCAUGGUCAUUAGGUUGGUAAAUGGGUCGAAUUCUAGUCUAAAGGGUUUGAUGAAAUCUACACUUCUAAUGGACUAUAUUGUAAAAGCAAAAAAGUUGGAUUGUGGGAAAUUAAUUCCAUAAAUUUCAAUGUACAAGAAUAUUAAACAAUACAAGUUGUUGAAAUAUAUAUGUAUUGA